ACUUAAGCUAGUCUUUUUGUUGCUGCACGGACAUGUCCAUAGUUUAGUAGCUGAAAUUCAGAAGUCAGAACUGUUCGUCUGCACACUGAUAGGAAUAGUUCCGAUGCAUCGACCGACAUCGUUGUAGUAGGGAAAUUAGUUUUCGUGCAAUGGACAGUGAUAUUGCUAUUUGAUGUUCGUAAUGCAAUUCUAGCUAGUUGAAUAGAGUUUCAGCUGAGAUUGGGAUUAUGCAUUUGCAGACUUUGGGUUGCUUGUAACCCGCCAUGUCACAGAUAGGGUGCCUGUUAGAAAUCUUCUAUGGGGGUAACCAACAAGCGACAAAUAUUCAGUCUUGAGGGCGCAAGUACUGAAGCUAUGAUCCAGCUGUUGAGAAUAACUGAUAAUCAUGGUGUCUUAUGUGUAACUAUUUUCUUCAGAAAUCACCAAGUACUUAUGAUUGUUACUUGGUCUGGACUCAAUACUCAAGAUGUGGAUGUUUUCUCCUAUAAAACCUGCUAUGCUACCCUCCCUCCCGAGGCACCUACGUGCCCAAGCGAUUCUGGGGUGUUCAAUGAUUUUACUAUGCUGGCUGCUAAAGCCCAAUCAACAGAAGUUGUGAAUGUGUGCUCCAGAUGGGGUGGUUUUGCUAGAACUUUCAGUUCCUCGGUGGAAAGCCAACUGGAAAUGAGGUUAUCGGAAUAG